UAUCCAUUAUUCUCAUAUUUCUGUAGUUAUUUCACGUAUCUCUGAACAGUAUGUAAUUAAUAGUAUCUUAAUUGAGAUUUUGCAGGGAGAUUAUAAUAACUGAAUCUCUCUGUGUGUACACUGUUUGAAUUUCGUGCAGAUUUUGUUUGCCAAUGUCCCAUAGAAUUCCGACGAAGACGCUUUAUAGAGUGGGUGACCUUCCGCGCUGGUUGUCAGAGGCGACCGAACGAGUGUGUUGACUGAUAAGUGAAGAGUGGAAAAAUGCUGGCGGCUGUGCGUGUGCUCACGAGGCGGACCUUCUCCACCGCCAAAUCCUUGGGGGCGGCGCAGCAGAUGACCGUGCGCGAUGCCCUCAACAGUGCCAUGGACGAGGAGAUGGAGCGGGACGAGAAGGUGUUCAUCCUGGGCGAGGAGGUGGCCCAGUACGACGGAGCCUAUAAGGUGUCGCGUGGCCUGUGGAAGAAGUACGGCGACAAGCGCGUCAUUGACACCCCCAUCACGGAGAUGGGCUUCGCCGGAAUGGCCGUGGGAGCCGCGAUGGCCGGACUGCGGCCAAUUUGCGAGUUCAUGACCUUCAAUUUCGCCAUGCAAGCCAUCGACCAGAUCAUCAACUCCGCCGCCAAGACGUUCUACAUGUCCGCGGGCGUUGUGAACGUACCGAUUGUGUUCCGGGGGCCCAACGGCGCGGCGGCCGGCGUGGCCGCUCAGCAUUCCCAGUGCUUCGCCGCGUGGUACUCCCACUGUCCGGGCCUGAAAGUCAUCUCGCCCUAUGACGCCGAGGACUGCCGUGGCCUGCUCAAGGCCGCCAUCCGCGACCCCGACCCAGUCGUCUUCCUGGAGAACGAGAUCCUCUACGGACAGCUGUACCCGGUUACGGACCAGGUGCUGGACAAGAACUUCACACUGCCCAUCGGCAAGGCCAAGAUCAUGCGUCCGGGCAGCCACUGCACGCUCGUGGCGCACUCCAGGGCAGUGGAGCUAGCGCUCCAGGCCGCCGCCGAGCUCGCCAAAGGCGGCGUGGAGUGCGAAGUGAUCAAUCUGCGGAGCAUCCGUCCUCUGGACGUGGACACGAUAUUCCAGUCGGUGCAGAAGACACACCAUCUGGUCACGGUGGAGCAGGGCUGGCCGCAGAGCGGCGUAGGUUCGGAGAUCUGUGCGCGCGUGAUGGAGCACGAGACCUUCUUCCACCUGGACGCGCCCGUGUGGCGCGUGACGGGCGUGGACGUGCCCAUGCCGUACACCAAGUCGCUGGAAGUGGCCGCGCUGCCGCAGCCGCAUGACAUCGUGGCGGCUGUGAGGACAGUGCUGGGCGGGAAGAGCAAGUGAUCCCUUUCCCGGCGCGUCGGCGAGGCAAGUGAACACCAAUUGAUAUUGCCAAUGUGUGGCCGCUCCCCUUUGGUUCCUCCUCACCCGCACAUACGCCUAGAGUUAGCCGAUAAGCAAUAAUUUCGAGAUAUUCUCCGCGCUUCGUCAUCUUGAUCCAUCCCUGGAAGAAACAUGUGUGAAUAGCACUGGAAAACGAGGAGAGAGACUUAACUAUUGAUCGAUUCAGAGAGAGGGUAUUUGCACAAGAGAGUGUUUGUAGAGUGACGAUUUAACGAAGAGCGAGGCCUGUAAAUAAAGUUUAUUACUUAAGUGGGCAAAAGACAGAAAAUCAAGAAGGAACAUAAGCUAUGUCAUCCCCAACUCAGGACUCAAUAUCACAGACCUUGACCAAACCACACACGAAUCAAUCUAGGAUUCAUUUGAAUCAAGUCCCAAUGUGCAAACGCAUCAACAAACAGACUUUUAUCACGGAAAAGAUGAAAAAUUUGAUUUGAAAAUUCGAGUGAUUGGAUUUAUUUUUCAUUAUUUUAUACAUUAAAAUUGUUAUUCUUUUUUUGUUUAGCGUUAAGACACAAACAUAGAAAUUUACCUAGAAACUAGAGUAAAACGUGUCGAGGACUAUAAAAUAAAACGAAAUCUCUAUUUGGAA